AACUUCUUAUAUUUUUACUUUUCAUGGCAAAAAUAAGGAGCUUCAUCAUCUUUUUAUUCUUCUGUAUUAUCACUGUAUUAUUCAGUACUUUAUCUGCUUUGAGCUCUGAUGGGCAAGCUUUAGUAUCGCUUUUAAGCAAAUGGGAAGUUCCGAAAUCUGUUAAAAGUAGCUGGAAUUCUUCCCAGCUUACCCCUUGUUCUUGGAUAGGUGUUGUAUGUGAUGAAAACCAGAAUGUAUCUACUCUUAACUUAACCAAUUAUGGCAUUUCUGGUCCUUUGGGGCCUGAAAUUGGCAGAUUAAGUCAUUUAGAUACACUUGAUCUUAGUUUUAACGCUAUUUCUGGUUUUAUUCCUGUUGAGAUCACCAACUGUAGCCUUCUUUGGCAGAUGGACCUAUCAGUAAACAAUCUCACUGGUAAAAUCCCAGAAAAUUUGGGAAACUUGCAGAAUCUGCAGGGCCUCGGCUUUUAUGAGAAUUCAUUAGAGGGUCAGAUUCCUGAGUCCUUGUUUCAGAUCCCAAAUCUUCAACUUAUUCUCCUCAAUAAUAACCGCCUUAGUGGGUCUAUCCCUUCAAAUAUAGGAAAUGCAACUGAGCUUUUGAGUUUUUGGGUCAACAAUAACCAAUUGACUGGUAGUAUACCGCCUUCUAUUGGAAAUUGUUCAGCCCUCCAAGAAGUUUAUCUGUUUAACAACCUUCUGACUGGUGUGUUGCCAUCGAGUCUGAUUAAUCUUGAAAGUUUGGUUGAAUUAGAUGUAAGCACAAACAACCUGAAAGGCUCCAUUCCUUCUUUAGCUUCUGGUAGUUGCAAGAAUUUAACGAAACUAGCCUUGUCAGUAAACCAAUUUGAUGGGGUUAUUCCACAAGGCCUUGCCAACUGUAGUAGGAUAUCAGAAUUCUCUGCCAGGACUAACAAACUAAUAGGUACAAUUCCAUCUUCUAUUGGCCUACUCACUGAACUGUCAAUUCUUUACCUAUCUGAAAACUCACUGUCAGGGAAGAUACCGUCAGAGCUUGGAAAUUGUAAGCUUCUGUCGGAGUUGCAGCUAAAUGAUAACAAAUUUGAGGGUGAAAUACCGAGUGAACUUGGGAUGUUAACUAAUUUAAGACACCUUCAGUUAUAUAAUAAUCGUCUAACAGGUGAGUUUCCACUAGAUAUUUGGAAGAUUCAGAGUCUUGAGCUUGUUCUAAUUUAUAGUAACAACUUAUCAGGGGAGUUGCCUGUUGAAAUAACUGAGCUCAAAAACCUCAAAAAUCUUACUUUAUUUGACAAUCAGUUCUCUGGAAUCAUACCUCGUGGCUUGGGGAUUAAUAGCAGCAGCUUGGUGAUAAUUGAUAUCACAAACAAUAAGUUUACUGGGGAAAUUCCGCCCAACCUUUGCUUCAAUAACAAGCUGCAACUUCUGCUGAUGGGCUACAAUAUGCUGAGUGGAAGCAUACCUCCUUAUGUAGGAAGCUGCACUAGUUUGACAAGGUUGAGGUUUGAACAUAAUAACCUCACAGGAACGAUUCCAGAGUUUAAACAAAAUCAUAGCCUAACCUUUAUUGACUUGAGUGAAAAUAAAAUUCAUGGAAAAGUUCCUUCAAGCCUAGGUAGCUGUCACAAUCUCACCUGGAUCAAUUUCACCAGGAAUGAUCUUUCUGGCUCUCUGCCUCCAGAGCUCGGAAAUUUGACUGAAAUUCAAGCUGUUUUUUUAUCUCAUAAUAAUUUGAAAGGCCCUUUGCCAUCUGAACUUAGCAAUUGGAGUAAAUUGCUCAAGUUAGAUCUGUCUUUCAAUUCUUUAAACGGAUCAAUCCCAGAAAGCCUUAGAAGCAUGACAGCCUUAUCAACAUUAGAUUUGGGGGAGAAUCGUCUGACAGGAGGAGUUCCACCAUUUUUGUUUGAGCUUCAAAUGCUCCAAGAACUUCAUCUUGGUGGAAAUUUAUUGAAAGGAUCAAUGCCUUCCUCAGUCACUGCAUCGAAGAACUUAAUCCUCACUUCCUUAAAUCUUAGUGACAAUCAGUUCACAGGUCACUUGCCCCCUGACCUGCAGAGCUUGACCAGUCUACAGUGGAUAGAUGUAUCUCACAAUCAUUUAACAGGGUCCUUGGAUGUUCUUGGUUCUAUGCGUAGUUUAGACACUGUAAACAUCUCAUAUAAUCUCUUUUCUGGUCCGAUUCCCCCAUCUUUGUUAAAGAAGCUGCCAACAGCCUUUCUUGGAAAUCCUGAUCUUUGUGUCGACUGCAGUCACUCCGGUGGCUCCACUUGUAAUGGAAGCAAGAAUAUCAGAAUUUGUGAUUCUAAACAGAACAAUGACAAGGAAAGACUUCACAAUGUUAAGAUUGCAAUGAUAGCACUUGGAUCGUCACUCUUUACAGUACUUGCUGCACUUUCUAUAUGCUAUGCACUUGUCAAGAGGAAAAAACAACUGCAAAAAGAUGCCAAAGCUUCAAGCAAGGAAAAUUCUGCUUACACAAUCAGUAAAAUACUGGAAUCUACAGAAAAUCUUGGUGAACAGUAUAUAAUAGGGAGAGGAGCCCAUGGAACUGUUUACAAGGCUGUGCUCGGCUCAGAUGAAGUUGUUGCUGUCAAGAAGAUUGAAUUUGGGGGAGAAAGAGGCGCAAGUAUGAGCUUGGUGAGGGAAAUUGAGACACUAGCACAUAUCAAGCGCAGGAAUUUAGUAAAAUUGAAGAAAGUUUGGUUGAUGGAGAAUUAUGGUCUAAUGCUGUAUGAUUUCAUGGAAAAUGGUAACCUUGGUAAUGCUCUUCAUAGGACAAGCCCUCUGUCAGUUAUCAAGUGGGAUGUGCGCCACAAUAUAGCUCUUGGAACAGCCCAUGGAUUAGCAUACCUCCACUUCGACUGUGAUCCUCCUAUUCUACACCGUGACAUCAAGCCUGAGAACAUACUCCUCGACUUUGAAAUGGAGCCUCGCAUCUCUGACUUUGGCAUUGCUAAGCUUUUAGAUCAAUCUUCCAUUUCAACACAAUCAUUGGCACUUCCUGGGACAAUAGGCUACAUUGCACCAGAAAAUGCAUAUGCAACAACAAGGAGUAAGGAGUCAGAUGUGUACAGCUAUGGAGUGGUUUUGCUUGAAAUCUUAACCAGAAAGAAAGCAGUAGAUGCAUCUCUUCCUGAGGGAAUGGAUUUAGUUGGAUGGGCGAGGUCAAAAUGGCAGUAUUCUGCACAGAUUGAUAAGGUGAUCGAUUCCACCCUUCUAGAGGAGUUUCAGGAUUCCAAGGUCAAGGAGCAAAUUUACGAUGUAUUUUCCAUAGCCUUGAGAUGCACUGAAAGGGAACCGAGAAAAAGGCCAACUAUGAGAGAUAUUGUGAAUCAGUUAGAAGAUGCAAGAAGUAGGAACAAGUCCUAGAAUUUCUUAAGCUGUCAUAUUCAUCCAGCUCUGUGUGCUAUCCUACCGCCUCUGUAUGUACCAAUGUAAACAUACAUUGCAGUUAUUUUGCGUCAAUUAUACAUAUUUAUACGGA